AUGACAUCGUUUCUAUUUCGUUCCAGCAGAAACCCUCAGUACAAACUCGUCUUCUACGUCCCAACCACCCACCUUCGAAUCUGCAAAGACGCCGUCUUUGCUGCUGGAGCAGGCCGUUAUCCCGGAGCUGGCAAUUACACAGAAUGUUGCUGGACAACAUUGGGAACUGGACAGUUCAAACCGGGACACGGUGCCAAACCUUACAAGGGAAAAAUCAACGUACUCGCUGAGGAAGAAGAGGCUCGGGUUGAGACACUGUGUGUGGGAAAGGCCGUGGCCAAACGCGCCGUGGAAGCUCUGAAGAAGGCACACCCAUACGAGGAGCCAGCUUAUGAGGUUUACAAGAUGGAGGACGUGGAAAGCUGGCGCCUAGGCUCUGGAUUGCGAGCCAAGUUAUGA